CUCCCAGCACCUAUACAUAACCAUACCUUUGUACCAUCUUGACCUUUGAUAUUAUCUUUUUUGCAUGCUUUUGACAUUUAUAGGCAAUCUGAGGGGUUUACUGGUGGGAGCAUGUUUAAAAAGUCAAAAUGAUUCAAAUAGUAAAGGUGGAUAGAAACUAGAAGCAUAAUGUGAAGAUGAAUUCAAGGUGAUUUGUAGAUGAACAAAAACUACAAAAAGUGAGAAAAGAUCAAGAGUGAUUCUUCCCUGAUUUAUGAAUUUUAAUUCAAAGAAAGCUUUGCCAUCAAAAAUCUCUCCCAGCAGCUUUUUGGUGCAUGAAAACAUUUUUUUAAACGUUUUUCCUAAAUGCUGUAUUUUAAAUACCUGAGGAGGUGUUAACUGUCCUGUGUCCUCUGGAGAGGACGAAGCUGCUCUUCCGUCCUGCACGUACUCAGAGUUAAAAGGUCGCGCUGGUCAGGGGAGGGGAGGCUGAUCCGAGGUCUGUGGUGGUUUUUGUUGUAAUCCUGACCGUAACACCAUGUGAUCCCCAGUGUCUGUGAGCAGUGGAGCCUUUACUGGGCCCUGGACGUCUGUCCGAACUUCAGUCUGCUGAUCGCUGUUGCUUCACCUCUGUCCUGAUUUCUGUUCUUCGAUCUGCUGUUCUGUGUUCUUCACCUGCCUUCGUCCCUGUUUCCAUCCCUCUGUCCUGCUGACUUGGCCUCAUGAGGGUCUGGUCUUGUGACUAGUUCAGAAUGUCACUGCGUUGCCAGCCAGAGAUGGCUUGUUCCUUGGCACUGGAUCCUGGCAGCACCACUGGCCUCCAGUGAUCUAUAAAUAAUGUUACCUCUGAACCAGAGUCCAGAGUCCAUAGACACUGACCUCCACAGGGUGGAAGGAAAAGAGUCUGUCGGGCAAAUUCAGUACAAUAAAAUCCAGUGACUUAUUGUGUUAAGGUGUUUCUCCUCAGUUUUCAGCUGAGUGCAGUGCAGGUGACCGAUCGGCCAUCUUUCCUUUGACCAGGAUUAACAGGAGUGCUGAUGUCCUCGCAGCGUCCCUCUAUAUUAAGACACAGUCUCGUGGACUCUACCCACCCUCUGUGAAAGACAAGCCACGCUGUGACCUUCCAGUCACUACAGUUUCAUUAAGUUUUAAAUUUAACAUUUUAGAUCCAUUUAGAUUUAAACAACACCGAAUGUGAACUUAAAUGCUGAAUGAAAUGAUGUCUUGCUGCGCAUUAGAGCCGACUCUAAAGUCCCACUCCAUCCUCGGGGCUUAAGACAGAUUCCUCGGGUACCUGCUCAUCACCGGAGCAUUAGUGGACAUAUGAAACCCGCCAUCCUGCGGAUGGCAGACUCUGUGCUAAUGCUAAGAGGCUAAGAGCAUCUGCCACGGCCCCUCCUUCUCUAAGCUUGUUACUGUAUUAAAGAAAAAUGUGUGUGUGUGGGGGGUCACACAGUGCACGAAUGAGGCGAUGCCAAGACGGUUUUCACAUACAAGGAAUUUAACAUAGUGUUUUGGUGUAUAACAAUGAACACAGUAGAAGAAAAGGAGAAACAGUAUUUCAAAAGUCAGUAAUCAUAAUUAGAAAAUUUUAAAAAUUCACAUUAAAGAACUGUGAAAAAUAUAUCAAAAUAUGUGCUUUUAAAAUGAAAAGAGCUGGAAGAGGAUUGACAAUAUUAACCUUUGAAUGUACAAAUAUUCACAGUGUAAAGCGUAAAUGUGCAAAGAUAAUAAUCUAAAAAAUAUGGGUUAAUGUAACUGAGUGAAAUAUUGAAGUACUGUAGCUGGCGAGCUAACCUCGAGCAUGCUAGCCGGUGAGCCGUCAGUCAGCAAGCUAGUUCACGUCAUUUAUUAAAAAGACGAAACGUCUCAGAAUGUGAAUUUUUCGGUCUCCAUGGACAGCUGGAUCCGUCUGUUGCACCAUGUUAGCGGUUCCACUGAAUUUAACUGAUUUUGUUUUGAAGUCUUGCAGUUUUACAUGCUGCUGUGACCGGCCAUAGUGAGAAGCGUUAAUGGCGGCCUGUGCACCUGAGUCGGCUGAGAGCUGCUGGUCAGCUAAUGUCAGCGCUCUGCUUGAACUAACAGACACUGACUCCCUCACCAACAUGGAUCAAACCGUCCUUUCUUUUUCUCUCCAGCUCAUUUGCUUCUGACAGGAUUUGCAAACUAGCAGAAAGAUGGCGAGCUCUUUCACACGUCUGAUCUCCGGCCGCAACACGGCCGCGCUGUUGGCCAGUCUGGGUGCGGGGACGGUGGCGACUGGCUUCUUACUGAGCGAAAACAGCUCGCUGGCUGCUGAGGCGAAGAAGAAGCUCUAUCCCCCCAGCUCUGACUUCCCGGACCUGAGGAAACACAACAACUGCAUGGCCACGGCUCUGACUCCGGCCAUUUAUGCCAAACUGAGGGACAAGAUGACCCCCAACAACUGGACCCUGGACCAGUGCAUCCAGACUGGAGUCGACAACCCCGGACACCCUUUCAUCAAGACGGUGGGCUGUGUGGCUGGUGAUGAGGAGAGCUAUGAGGUGUUUGCUGAACUCUUUGACCCCGUCAUCAAAGACAGGCACAAUGGCUAUGACCCCAGAACUAUGAAACACCCCACGGACCUGGAUGCCUCUAAGAUAACCAGCGGCAUGUUCGAUGAGAACUACGUCCUGUCGUCCCGCGUCCGGACCGGCCGCAGUAUCCGCGGGCUGAGCCUCCCCCCGGCCUGUUCGAGGGCUGAGCGCCGUGAGGUGGAGCGGGUGGUGGUCACGGCCCUGGCGGGCCUGAAGGGAGACCUGGCCGGACGCUACUACAGCCUGGGAGACAUGACGGAAAAGGAGCAGCAGCAGCUUAUUGAUGACCACUUCUUGUUUGACAAGCCUGUCUCUCCAUUGUUGACGUGUGCCUUUAUGGCCAGAGACUGGCCCGACGCCAGAGGCAUCUGGCACAACAACGAGAAGACCUUCCUGAUCUGGGUGAAUGAGGAGGACCACACCAGAGUCAUCUCCAUGGAGAAGGGAGGCAACAUGAAGAGAGUGUUCGAGAGAUUCUGCAGAGGACUCAAACAGGUGGAGCAUCUGAUCCAGGAGAGAGGCUGGGAAUUCAUGUGGAACGAGCGUCUGGGCUACGUCCUCACAUGUCCCUCCAACCUGGGCACCGGCCUCAGAGCGGGCGUGCAUGUCCGCCUGCCAAAACUCAGCCAGGACCCACGUUUCACCAAAAUCCUCGACAACCUGCGGCUGCAGAAGAGAGGCACAGGGGGAGUGGACACGGCCGCCACCGGAGACACCUUCGACAUUUCCAACAACGACCGUCUGGGCAAAUCUGAGGUGGAGCUGGUCCAGCUGCUGAUCGACGGGGUCAACUACCUUAUUGAGUGUGAGAAGCGGCUGGAGAAGGGGCAGGACAUCAAAGUCCCAGCUCCCAUCACUCAGUUUAGGAAAUGAAAGCUGGAGCCGUGACGCCGCCACAGUGUCAGCGGGAGGGCAGCUCGCUGCUCGCCGCUCGCCGCUCGCUCCCACGCUGAGCCGGUGGAGGCCUCAGAGCGACGUCUGUCCACCGCAUCAGAGGAGGUGCUUUCUUUAUUCCUCCUGCAAAGAUUACAAAUCUUUAGGGUAACCUAAUCUUAGACAUGAACUGCAGUUAGGGGAGAAUUCUACCUCAAGUUAAGGUCUUCACUGUAACCCUGACUUCAAUAAAGCCAACA